AAUUAAACGCACACACAGAGAGGCACACGGAGACGGGCGGUUUCAAGAUAUUCCCGAGAACGCAAUUUGUGCUCAUGCAGUGCAGCGUCACAUGAAAGGGGCUGCCUGAAGAGCUGGUUAGCACAGGUUUAUUUUGUUGUAAUAUUUUCUUCCACCCCCAGCUCUUUACCCAGUGGAAUGAUACCCAGAGCAAGUUUUUUGAGACAGGAAGUGAGGAAUGUUUUCACUAUGAGUGAUCUGAGAAGAAGGUGGGUUAGCCGAGAUAGCAGCUGUUUCGGGCGAGAGGAACACAGUAAGUCAGUUCCCGAGGAAUACCGAUGAGAUGUCUCCGGGAGAAAAAGUCUCGGAGUGCUGUGGAUUUUUUCCAGCUGAACAUAUGUGAAAGGAGACUCGGUGCCUUUGGAUCGCUGCAAAAGGCUCGCGUGCAUGAGUGAAGGAAACAUCUGAAAGAGAAGGGUGAAGCAUGUAUAUUACGGACUUGACGGGAGAGGAGGCAUGAAGUUGUUUGCAAAAGGAUUCCAGCAUAUGCUCCUUUUACUUGCCUCUUGGUGGAAAACUUGCUUGUCUUUAAUGGAUACCGCUGCUGCUGGUUGAUUUCUGGAGACUUUACAGCUCCUUACCUUUUGAGAGCAGAUAGCUACUUGUCUGCUGUCAAAGGUCUGGGUGGUAGUAGCUUUUUAUCAGUAACCAUCUGUGAGGGAAAAAGAAGAUGCCUCUACCUUUCGGGUUAAAAUUGAAACGAACUCGACGUUACACAGUAUCCAGCAAGAGUUGCUUGGUGGCUCGCAUCCAGCUGCUCAACAAUGAAUUUGUGGAGUUCACUCUGUCAGUGGAAAGCACAGGCCAGGAAAGUCUGGAAGCAGUGGCUCAGAGGCUUGAAUUGCGGGAGAUUACAUAUUUCAGUCUAUGGUAUUAUAAUAAGCAGAAUCAGCGCAGAUGGGUAGAUUUGGACAAGCCUCUGAAAAAGCAACUGGACAAAUAUGCCUUGGAGCCAACUGUGUAUUUUGGAGUAGUGUUCUAUGUGCCUACUGUUGCUCAGCUUCAGCAAGAGAUUACCAGGUAUCAGUAUUAUUUGCAAUUAAAGAAAGAUAUCUUGGAGGGCAACAUUCCUUGCACGCUGGAACAAGCAAUCCAUCUGGCUGGUUUAGCUGUUCAGGCUGAUUUUGGAGACUAUGAUCAGUAUGAAUCUCAGGAGUUUCUACAAAGAUUUGCUUUGUUUCCAGUGGGUUGGCUACAAGAAGAAAAAAUACUGGAAGAAGCAACACAGAAAGUUGCCUUGCUACAUCAGAAGUACAGAGGCCUUACUCCUCCUGAUGCGGAAAUGUUGUAUAUGCAAGAAGUAGAGAGAAUGGAGGGAUAUGGUGAAGAGACCUAUCCAGCAAAGGACAGCCAAGGAAGUGACAUAUUCAUUGGAGCAUGUCUUGAUGGUAUCUUUGUCAAACACAAAAACGGUCGCCCUCCUGUUGUAUUUAGGUGGCAUGAUAUUGCCAACAUGUCCCAUAACAAAUCCUUUUUUGCGUUAGAGCUGGCAAACAAAGAAGAGACAAUCCAAUUCCAAACUGAAGAUAUGGAAACAGCAAAAUACGUGUGGAGGAUGUGUGUGGCUAGACACAAAUUUUACAGACUAAAUAAAUGCAGCCUGCAAACCCAACCCAUUACAGUGAAUCCUGUUAGAAGGCGGUCUUCAUCCAGGAUGUCCAUGCCCAAGCCUCAGCCUUAUAUGAUGCCUCCACCACCUCAGCUGCAUUACAAUGGUCAUUAUACUGAACCAUAUGCAUCCUCCCAAGAUAACCUCUUUGUGAGCAAUCAGAAUGGAUACUACUGUCACUCUCAGACUAGUUUGGAUAGAGCCCCUCAUGACUACAGUGGUCGGAUCCGCAAUGGUAGUGUCUAUAGUGCACAUAGCACAAACUCCUUGAACAAUCCACAGCAUUACUUGCAGCCAUCCCCCAUGUCCUCUAACCCGAGCAUUACUGGAAGUGAUGUCCUCAGAACUGAUUAUGUCCCGUCACAUAGACAUAGUGCACUAAUACCACCUUCUUAUCGACCCACGCCAGACUACGAAACUGUGAUGAGACAGCUCAACAGAGGAAUGGUGCACACAGACAGACAGAGUCAUUCAAUGAGAAAUCUUAACAUCAGCAAUUCAUAUGCUUACAGCAGGCCUGAUGCCUUAGUUUACAGUCAGCCUGAAAUACGAGAACAUGCUCACUUUGCAUCCCCUCAGUCUAACCAUUAUCCAUUUAACCUGAACUACAGUUUUCAUAGUCAAUCCCCCUACCCCUAUCCUGCUGAAAAGCGCCCGGUUGUUGGGGCAGUCAGUGUGCCUGAGUUGACAAAUGUGCAGCUCCAAGCUCAGGACUAUCCAGCACCAAAUAUAAUGAAGACCCAAGUCUAUCGACCACCUCCUCCGUACCCGUACCCCAGACCUGCCAAUAGUACUCCAGACCUUUCACGACACAUCUACAUCAGCAGCAGCAAUCCAGAUCUUAUCACAAGGCGCGUGCACCAUUCUGUCCAGACAUUUCAGGAAGACAGCCUGCCUGUGGCACAUUCUCUUCAGGAAGUCAGUGAACCUCUAACAUCAGCACGCCAUGCUCAACUGCAGAAAAGGAACAGUAUUGAAAUAGCAGGUUUGACUCCCAGCUUUGAAGGAAUAAGAAUUAAAGAGAGGACCAUGUCAGCUUCUGCAGCAGACGUGGCUCUUCCAAGAGUUAUCUCAGAAGGGCCGCAGCCCAACAUUCUGAUGGAGAGAACAAAGCAAAAAGAAAGUGAGCAGGAAGAGAGUGUGAACUGUGAUCAUAAGAAAACCCUUUCAGAUGCCACUAUGCUGAUUCACAGUAGUGAGGAAGAAGAAGAAUUUGAAGAAGAAAACAAGGCUAGUACCAGUCUCUCUCCUCUCCCCGAAGAUCAAACACAACUUUCAUCUGUUCUUGGUGGUUAUUCUCAUGAUUCAGUACUGAACUACCCUUAUAGCUCUGUUGCUUCGUCUGCCGGCCCUUUGCAUAUUCUUGAGCCUAAAUUACAUAUCACAGAGACAGAAAAGAGAAUGAAAGAUAUGAGCCCUGUUCAUUUGCUAGUAGAAAGCCAGAUACAGAGAAGAGGGGAAGGGCUGCUGACUCCAUCUAUGUCAGAAUCUGAUCUUACAACAUCGGGGAGAUACAGAGUAAGGAAAGAUUCAAUAAAGAAGAGACCUGUGUCUGAUCUUUUGUCUGGGAAGAAGAAUAUUGUGGAAGGCCUUCCCCCACUGGGUGGUAUGAAAAAGAAUAAAAAUGAUGCAAAAAAAAUAGGGCCUCUAAAGCUAGCUGCCCUAAACGGAUUAGCUUUGACUAGAAUGCCUCUGCCAAAUGAGGGGAAGGAAGAAUCAACAAGAGCAACAAAUGAUGAACGGUGUAAAGUUCUGGAACAACGGUUAGAGCAGGGGAUGGUGUUCACGGAGUAUGAGCGCAUUCAGAAAAAAAGAGUGGUAGAUGGUGAGUGCUCCAUAGCUCGGCUCCCUGAGAAUGCUGAGCGAAACCGUUUCCAGGACGUGCUGCCUUACGAUGACACCAGAGUAGAGCUCGUCCCAACCAAAGAAAAUAACACGGGUUACAUCAAUGCAUCUCAUAUCAAGAUCUCUGUUGGUGGCAUGGAGUGGGAUUACAUUGCUACGCAGGGCCCUUUGCAGAAUACAUGUCAGGAUUUCUGGCAGAUGAUCUGGGAACAGGGAAUUGCCAUCAUAGCUAUGGUGACAGCAGAGGAAGAAAGUGGGCGAGAAAAAAGCUUCAGAUACUGGCCACGUCUUGGGUCGAGACACAACACUGUCACAUACGGAAGGUUUAAGAUUACCACACGGUUCCGUACUGACUCGGGCUGCUACGCAACUACCGGUUUGAAGAUUAAACAUCUUCUCACAGGACAGGAGAGAACAGUUUGGCAUCUGCAGUAUACUGACUGGCCAGAGCAUGGCUGUCCAGAGGAUUUAAAGGGAUUUCUCUCAUACUUGGAAGAGAUACAGUCAGUGCGGCGCCAUACGAACAGCACUGCAGAUCCUAAAAACUCCAAUCCUCCUGUGCUGGUACAUUGCAGUGCAGGUGUGGGACGAACAGGAGUGGUCAUACUGUCAGAGAUCAUGAUCGCUUGCUUGGAACACAAUGAGAUGCUGGACAUCCCACGGGUGCUGGACAUGUUGAGACAGCAGAGAAUGAUGAUGGUGCAGACCCUUUCGCAGUACACUUUCGUCUAUGGAGUUCUCAUCCAGUUUCUCAAAAGUUCUAGGCUUAUCUAAUGCUGCCACUUCCUAAGGGACACUGCAAGUUUGCAGAAAAGAGAGUUACCGUUGUCCAGGCAGACCUGCCCUCACGCCUCUUCUCUUUGUCCGAUGAAUCACAGAGUUGCAUUUGAGGGCUGGUACAUGCGAGUCAGUGUAACAGUCAUUGCAAAGCAACAUCUUCACUGGACUAAAUUCUUCCCAUGUUCGGCUGCAGGGAAUGGUUUUACUGGUCUGUAGUACUUGCAUAUGUUCUUUAGAGCAAUGUUACUCUGGGCAAAAUAAGUAUCUCCUGGGACAGAAGUACAUGGCACAAUUUUACUAACAUUAUGUUUUAAAACAUAAUUGUUAACUGUGUGAAAGCUGAAAUCUGUAGAUGCACAUGGGGUGAGAAACCUGCUCCUUGGGAAUGUCAAGGUCUUAUGCAGUUUCAUUCUGCUUUCAAUUUUAUAUUUAGAACAAUAUAUCUGUAUUUUUAAAAAUGGUCUUUUGGUUUCCUUUAGUUUAUUCAGCAAAAUUAGCAGCUCUUAGAUAUUUUACACCGUUGCUUUAAGGACAGUUAUUUUUAUAUUCAGCAUUUUUAAGUAAAAAAAAAGCCCAAAACACCACAACCAAACCUUUUUAAACAGCAUUACGUUGUCAGAGAAGACUGACAAUGUUUGAACUAACUUUUCAAAAUCAUAAAGUGCUAGGGGAAGCUGUUGGUAGAUACUUGUAGUGCUGUGUAAUAGAGCUGACGAGUGAAAGACAAGCACAGAAUCACAGAAUCUUAUGGGUUGGAAGGGACCUCGAGAGAUCAUCUAGUCCAGCCUGCUAUUGAGAACUUCCGUUUGAGUAGAGGCAUGUUUACCUGCAACAGCCAGAGGGAAAAUGCUCAAAUUACUACAAGGUUAUUGGAAGCAAAUGGAUGAGAGAAAGUACAUGUUCAGUAUUACUCAGAUAUUUAGAGGACAGUUUGAUUUUACUGGCUGAAAUCAAAGUGGAUGCUAACGUUUUAAGCACUUUUUUUCUCUGUUAUUUAUGUAAUUAAACAUAGAAACUAUAA